CGGAUCACCCUGACGCACAGCAGACGUCCACAGGUAGCUGAAAAGCUCGUUGCUUAGAUCGCUCGUACGGAGUGGACGUGUCUACGUCUUCGUCAGGAAAUAAGGCCGCUACUCGGGAUACUUUUUAAAGCCACCGAGGAAACGCCACAAAUACGGAUUCACAGCCGGCGGUUCCUUCUGGGCAGGCUGGUUUUUUAUUUUUAAUCGGAUACUUUUAUUUGUUUGGAAAUUCAAUUGUGUUGACCUGCGAGAAGAUUUUACUUUUAACGAGUAAUUUCCAGUUUGUCGGGUGUGGCAGAAACUACCGGCGUGUCACCACAAACAAAGGACAAGGUAAACCCAGUUGUCCAACGUAAAAGAGCCAGGCACCCGACACGAGCUCCAUCGACGUUCGUGUCCGUGAGAAAUACGUGUUCAGUUAAUUUCCGAUACAUCUCUGCUCCGUUUGGGGAAGCCAGGUGCACAUUUUUAUGAAAACUUGACUGACAUCUUUAGAAUCGCGUCUUGAAAAGCCAUGUGCCUCCGUAGUGGCAAAACUAACGUUUCUUUUCGACAUUUCUGAGGAAGCGCCUCGCCGUGUGUUGCCAUGGCAACAAGCAGGCGGCCGCUCUCUCACGUGCGCUCCGCCGCACCCUGGACCGGAUGUCGCCCUGGAUGCUGACGGGACCUGAUGUGGCAUUGCGGGCCUUCCACGGCACAAUCCCGUCCUGAUCUGUGCUCUGAACUUCACGCUGAUGGACACAAGCCUUGGUGCUGGUGAAUCGUGCCCGCGAUGGGACACGGACAGCGCCGACCGUAGGGUAUCGUGCGCAUCCUGUCCUUUCCAGACAAGGUCUGAUGGGAAACGCUGUCCGAGGGGUGACCCCAAGGAACCGUGCACCGAUGAACUGGGCAACAUGGGGCUCUUCCCGGCUGGACAGGGAGGAGACCUGCAGAGUGACCACGCAGGGCUUGCUGGAAACGAGGACUUCCAACCACGCAUCAUACCCUACCAGAAAGACCCAAACAAGCAGCACAACAAAGUGCUCAGGACCCGCUACAUCAAUACGGAGCUCGGUAUACGCGAGCGCCUCCUGGUGAGCGUGCUGACAUCACGUAGCUCCCUCAACACGCUGGCGGUGGCGGUCAACCGCACCGUGGCGCACUACUUUCACCGCACCUUCUUCUUCACGGGCCUACGCAGCACCAAGCUGCCCCACGGCAUGACGGUGGUGGCGCAUGGCGACGACCGACCCGUCUGGCUUAUGUAUGAGACGGUUCGCUAUUUGCAUCAGCACCACGGUGCCGACUACGACUGGUUCUAUCUAGUCCAGGAUGACACGUACACCCAGGCAGAGAGGCUCACUCGACUGGUGGAUCACCUGAGUGCCGGGCAGGACCUCUACAUGGGCCGGGCAGAGGAGUUCAUCGGUGGUGAUGAGCGGGCGCGGUACUGCCACAGCGGUUACGGCUACCUGCUCUCUCGGAGCCUGCUGGCCCGCCUACAGCCCCACCUGGACUCCUGCCGCAACGACAUCCUCAGCGUGAGGCCCGACGAGUGGCUCGGCCGCUGCAUCAUAGAUUACCUGGGUAUAAGCUGUGUGGAGGUGCACCAGGAAAUUCCCUACAACUACUUUGAGCUGGGCAAGAAUGCCGAUCCUGAGCGCGAGGAGAGCCCACGGUUCAAGAACGCCUUCACGGUGCACCCUGUGCCAGAACCGGACCUCAUGUAUCGCCUGCACAAGCAGUUCUGUCAGUUUGAACUGGAGCAGACCUACAGGCAAAUUCAGCAGCUGCAGGUCCAGAUCAGUGACUUAAGUGAGCUGACGCCGGAAGGGAAAGCAGGUGCCACGUGGCCCAUUGGCAUCAGCCCUCCCUUCCGGCCAAAGACGCGCUUUGAGGUCAUCAACUGGGACUACUUCACAGAAGAGCACAUGUACUCGUGUUCUAAUGGUGCCCCCAAGUGUGAGCUGAAGGGUGUGGACCGUGCGGACGUUACUGCUGUGCUUGAGACGGCGGUGGAGCGUCUCAAUGAGCGUUACCAGCCCCAGCUCAGGUUCCGCAAACAACGCCUUCUCAGUGGUUACCGGCGCUUUGACCCCAUGCGUGGCAUGGAGUACACACUAGACCUGGCCUUGGAGGCCUUUACUCAGAAGGGCCACAGCCAGGUCAUUGCCAAGCGGGUAGAAUUGCUCCGCCCCCUCAGUGCCAUAGAGAUCAUUCCCAUGCCUUAUGUGACAGAGGCCACCCAAGUGCAGGUCAUUCUACCUGUCACCACCUCUGACCAGGACUUUGUCGGGAACUUCCUGGACACAUAUGUGAUGAAUGCCCUGGAUACCCACGACAAUGUUCUCCUCACUUUCCUCUUCAUCUACAACCAGUUUGAUGCUCAGAGGGUCAGCCAAGCUGAUAUCUUUGCUGGGGUGAAGUCCAUGAUAGGUGAGGUGGAGAAGCGCUACGACAAUGUGAAGAUCCCAUGGAUCAGUGUGAAGACGGAGGUGCCCUCUCAAGUGAAGCUCAUGGACAUCAUCUCCAAGAAACAUCCAGUGGACACACUCUUUUUCAUGGCCAGUGUCUGGACCGAGGUCAACGGUGACUUCCUCAACCGCUGCCGUAUGAACACUAUUAGCAGCUGGCAAGUUUUCUUUCCCAUCCACUUCCAGGAGUACAACCCAUCUAUUAUGUAUCGUGACCAGCAACCUUCAGCUGUAGACUCCUCCUUCACCUCCAAUUCACUGCGUGACGGCCAUUUUGAUCGGCACAUUUUUGAUGAAGCCUGCUUCUACAAUGCAGACUAUAUGGCUGCUCGCACCAAGAUGGUUGCUGAUAUCCUGGACAAUGAUGAGCUUCUGGAAAGCAUGGACAUCUAUGACACCUUUGUCCGCUAUUCUGGUCUCCACGUGUUCCGGGCUGUAGAACCAGCUUUGGUCCAGAAGUAUGUGCGACGGACCUGUAACCCCCGCUUCAGUGAGGACAUCUACCAGCGCUGCGUACUUAGCAACCUGGAAGGACUAGCAUCCCGCUCCCACCUGGCCAUGGCUCUCUUUGAGCAGGAGCAAGCUAAUAGCACCUAGCCUGCACAUGUACUAGAUAUGAGGUCCUUCUGGAUUGCUUGACUGAAGAGAUCUUGGACAAACCAGGCAACAAAACCCAUCCUGGGAAGGUCUGUAGUCAACAAAAAAUUCUGGAUCUCAAGAUGUACAGAGCUCGUAGGAAAAUCAGCAACAUUUAAACUAAAGAAGGCCUUCAGUGAUCAAUUCUGUGUUCCAGCAAAGUGGGAAGUGGAAAGACACUUGGUCACAUGAGGGUUAGGAAAUUCUAAUGAACUGACUGAAGAAAAGAAAGAAAAUGGUUUUAACCUAUGUUUUCUUAUACUAAGAGUUUACAAAAAAAAUUCCCCAGAUGAAAAGACAAUAAUAAAGAACUCAGUUUUCAGACUGUUUGUUUACAGUUGACAUUCGGAUCUCCGUAUCUGUGUACUAACUCAUGUUGUAGGACAUCACUCUGCAGCUGCCACUUGUACAGCGUUCAAACACUGAUGUUCCCAUUUAGGCUAAAACUGCAUCUUUCUCUUAGCAUAAGAGUGUGACACCCAUUAAAGGACACACCUGUGUUUACUUUGCCAGCUAUGAAAGACUUUGCUGCUCUUCUACCUUGUUGUAAAGCAUAAUAAUUUACAUGGCAUUUAUUUAACUUGACACUUUCCCCAAAGCAGCUAACACUGUUGAGCUACUUACAAUGAUUUACAUAUUUAUAUCGCUGCAUAAUUUACUGGUGCAAUUUUAGCGUACAUGUGGUACACUGCUAAAGGGUACAGCAGCAGGUGGGUUUCAUACUUUGGCCCUUCAAGUGCAAGGCAGUAGCUUAUGAAUCUACAGCAUAACGGAACCUAUAAAUGUAGUACAAUGUUUUCUUAGUUAUAAUAUUUAACCUUGAUAAUUCAUGUUUUGGAAUUGGGGACGGGGUUGGAAGGUGAAUCAGAAUUUCACCAAAAAUGUGCAGUUUUUCACGGACCACAAGCAUACGCGGUUGUUGUGGGGUCACACAGGUAUCCCUAGAUGGGAAAAACUGUUUCUUCCUCUCAUUGCAGUCAUAUUUUCAGAGGCUCUCUUCAAAUUUCCAUCUAUGGGUGCUGACGUAAGGGGUGAUGGAAACAGACUCCUCAGUGUUCUGAACCCCGUGGGUGUAAACUCUACUGCCUUAGACAAGCAACUCCCCACAAUCCAUUAGUGGGUGUGUGUGUUUUCGUGAGGAGCGUCCUUAUAUAAGCACUCUGAAUGAUGUAUUGUCUUUGGUGCGCCAUCACUGUAUAUGGUUGCAUGGAAAUAAUGUGUUUAUGGGGGUAGGAUUUUGUUUGGCUGAUCAGUUUUUCUCCCUAUAGUAUUUACUGCUGCAUGGAUCAGUUUUCUUUGGAAUGAUGAAAUGAAUGAUCCCUUUUCUGAUUUCUGAAAACUCAGCUCAUAGCAGGCCAAUCACCCGCUCCUUUUCCCUUACAAUAUGACAUCAGAUUAGCAUUUACAGAAAAAUUGAUGUAAGCCUUGAGGGAUGUGUUCAGUUUCAUCGCCUCCUAGAGCUCUUCCAUAUUAUUUCAGAUAGCUCCUUUUAUAUCUUGAUAUUUGCAUUAUAGAAGGAUUUUCAAGGAACAAUUCAGGUCCAAUUCUGGGUAAUUGUUACACUCUCAAAUAAAAUAUAUGGAACAAUAGGCUGUCCAACUGUUACUGAGUUUUACGUCGUCUUCUUUAUGACCAGCAAGAGGUUUUCAGUACUCAACAGCCUUAGAAUUUAGAAAA